AUGAGUGUUAUGAAUUUCAACACAGAUCUAUUUCGUGACUUAACAUUUGAUCUUCUAUCGGAUAUUUCUCAUGAUUCAACAAAAUUUGACGAAUUAAAUCAAUCUUAUUUAAAUAAAAUCCACGAACGCAUCGAUGGAGAUGAGUUAAUAAAAUAUACGAGAGAAUUUUAUGAGAAAAUUCUUUCACUACAAAUUGUACAAACAAAUCGAAGAGCUCAACUAAAAGACUUAAUGCACGGAAAUAUAGUCAUAGUAUAUUUUUGGACAUUUUCUGAUAUCCAGGUUUCGCAUACAAUCCACAAAGUGAUUGGAAUCGAUAAGCGAUAUUCUAGUGCCGAUGUCACUGUUAUUUGUGUUCAUUCUCCGAAAUAUGACCACGAAAAAAAUAAAGCUAAUAUUAUGCAUGAUAUUGAAGAAAGAUCACUUCCAUUUACAGUCGUUGACGACAGUCGACGGCUUGUAUGGAAACAUGUUGACUGUCAACUUUGGCCAACAGUACUUGUUUUCGGACCAGAUUCACUACCAAUAUAUAUAUUUGAAGGAGAAAAUCACGUGCAACAUCUUGAACGAUUUCUUGUGCCUGUUUUUACUCAUUAUAAGUCAAGUUUAUAUCCAAUUCUUAAUAAUUCACUGGCAACUACAAACUCAUCUGAAAAUGUAGCUACAAUUAAAGCAGCUUCGAAAGUAAAAGACUUUAGAUAUCCAAGUCAUAUAUGUGUAACUAGUAAUGAACAAUUAUAUAUUUCAUUUGCUGGUUCAAAUCAACUGGUUUUGUGCGACAUCGAUGGAAAAGUCAUUGAUAUUAUUGGUAAUCGUAACGCUGGUAUGGCUGAUGGGGACAUAAAUCAAGCAGAAUUCGAUUCACCACAUGGUCUUGCAGAGUUUAAUAGCUGUAUCUAUAUUGCUGAUACCAAUAAUCAUUCCAUUCGUGUGUUUGAUCCAAAUUCACGUCGUGUACUUACGAUGAUUGGUACAGGUCGUUUAGGAACUGACAAAAUUGGUGGUCUACAAAGAACUCAACAACCUAUUGCUUCACCCUGGGACUUAUGUAUUACAGAAUCACCAUUCGACAGUAAGAUAGUAUUACUUAUUUCAAUGGCUGGCCAUCAUCAAAUAUGGGCAUAUGCUUUUGAAGAAACUCAAUGGUGGAAUGAUGUUAUAUUAAAAAAGAAUUCAUGUUCAUCAAUAAUUGGAAGUGGCUUUGAAGAAAAUAAAAAUAGUUCUGAACCGAUGAGUGCUGGUUUAGCAUCACCACGUGGCAUAUGUAAUGGUAUAAUGAAUGAAGAGCCAGUUAUAUUUAUUGCUGAUAGUAAUAGUUCGACUAUACGUGUUGUUACACUUAACGAUGGGCAUGUAGCUAAUUUAGUUGGCGGUGUUGCUGAUCCAACAAAUCUUGCUGCAUUUGGUGAUCUUGAUGGUACUGGUCAUCAUGCCAAAUUGCAGUAUCCAAUUGGUGUUGCAUUUCAUUACCCAUCAUCCUAUUUGUAUAUAACGGAUACAUUUAAUAAUAAAUUAAAACGUGUUGAUAUGAAAACUUUAUUAUGUUCAAGUUAUUUUGCAACUGAUGACGAUAUGAAAAAGAAACGUGGAGAAACGAAUUCGUCUAAAUUUUAUGAACCGUAUGGUAUAGCAAUAUUGGAUCAUUUUCUAUAUGUUGCCGAUAAAAAUAAUUCAUACAUCAAACGCAUUGAUCUUGAUCAUGGAACAAUCAUUGAACAUCGAUUCUAUUUGAGUGAAAUAUUAAAUGAAGAACGCUCAUUCGGUUCGAAACAAGCUUAUUUAGCUAUUUUUCUAGAUGAUGCACUUAAGUUACGUGAUGGCAAUGCUGGUACUUGGACAAUUGAAGAUGAAGAUGGUCUCAAAAUCUGUGAUGGAGAAUUGAUAUGUCACGUACCUGAUCAAAUACUACUAGAUUAUGUUUCAUGCGAUAAACAGGUAAGGUCACUUAAAUAUGAACUAAUGGUAUGUCAAGACAAUAAGUGUACGAUGAUGAAUGGUGUAGUGCAGCCAGUUAAUCAAACAGAUUCAAUUAUUGAAUUUAUAAUUAAAAUUGGCCAGAUUGAAACAACUAAAUCUAGCUAG